AUGUCAUGGUAUCACAUGAACGAUACUCAAAGGAUAUUAGGAAGCAAGAAAAAUUGGGAAAAUAUUUUCUAUUGUCAUUUGAGAUGGGAAAAAACUUUUCCAUUGUUGACAUUAGAUUUUCUUCUAAACAAAAGCGUUUUUCUUGCUUUUCAGCACAGCAAAAGAAAAUCUACUUUACGUUUUCAAAGUUGA